AUGCCAUCCAUUGAUCUCACCCCUAUACCCGUUCCGUCUCCCACGACGCUACAGGAGAUACGCACGUCAAAACUCAAAAAAUUCGGCACAGUGCUUUCUGGUAUCGAUAAGAGACCAAUACAAGGCUCACUUUAUGUCUCUUCUAUGGGCCUCACUGAUGACGAACACGACCUCACCUUCCACGGCGGGAUCGACAAAGUAAUUCACCAAUACAAUCACUCUCACUAUCCAUUCUGGCAAUCACUAUACCCAGAAGCCGCCACUCGAUUUGUAGCCGGAGGCUUUGGUGAGAACCUUGUGGUAGAGGAGUUGAACGAAGACAACAUUUGUGUUGGCGAUCUCGUGCGCAUUGGACCAAAAGACUCUACCCUUACCGGCGGCGACAAUGGAUGUGUGCUGGAAGUCAGUCUGCCUCGCCAACCAUGUUUCAAGUUGAAUCAACGUUUCGGUGUCAAGAACCUCGCGCCCAAAACGCACGCUGAGAACAAGACUGGCUGGUACUAUCGCGUCAAAGAGCAAGGCUACAUUUCAGCAGGUAUGGAGAUCCGUGUCAUACACAGAUGUCAGCCGAGAUGGUCGAUUGCAAGAUUACACCACUAUGUUCACCGCGACAAGGUUGAUCUUGAGAUUUCAAAAGAGCUGGUCGCUAUUCAUGUACUUGGUGAUGAAUGCAAAGACGUGUUCAAGAAACGACUGCAAGAUGCCGAGAACAAAGCUGCACAAAGCAAUCAGACCUGGACAGACUACCGCGUCCACGCAAAAAUAAUGGAAACACCAAGAAUUGUCAGACUCGACCUACAAGCUUGCAACAUCGACAGACCAAAGGACACUUCCAUUCCAGUCGGUAGCUACGCCUUACUCAAAUUGCCCAAUGGCUUGAAACGAGCCUAUUCCAUCGUCACCGGAAACACAUCCCUCUUCACCCUCGGCAUCGCCCUUGACGAUAAUAGCAGAGGCGGCUCCUCCUACAUCCACACCACCCUUAAUCCUGGCGCAAUCAUCCAGAUCGGCGACAUCAAUCGCAGCAUCAAAUCCAACGGCAUGGCCUCCCAUCACAUCUUCAUCGUCGGCGGUAUUGGUAUCACAGCUUUCAUCUCCACAAUGCGAAAACUCCACAAGAUAAACCAGACCUUCGAACUGCAUUACGCUGUCUGCUAUGCCGACGAGGUGGCAUUCACAUCACUGAUGUCAGGAUUCAAAAACGUCAUCCACAUCUACGACAAAAGCAAGGGCGUGCGUAUGAACAUCCCACAAAUCUUACACAACAGAAUCUGGAACUCCCACGUUUUCACCUGCGGUCCCGAUCGUAUGAUCUCCGCCGUUGUCUCUGCAGCAAAAGACUCCGGAAUGGCAGAUGAUGAGAUUUACUACGAGAACUUCAGCACCGACACCACCGGCGACCCAUUCUCCGCUUCCGUCAUCACCGGCGCCAAAACCACAAGCUUGGAAGUUGCAGCGGAUAGAACAUUGCUUGAGGUCAUGAGGGAAGCGGGAUUGGAAGUGGCGAGUUCGUGCGAAACAGGCAGUUGUGGGACUUGCAGGAUCGGUGUGAGGAGGGGAAAGAUUUUGCACAAGGGAACGGGACUGAGCACCGAGGAGCAGGAGAAGGAAAUGUUGUGUUGUGUUUCCCGGGGUCAGGGACAUAUCGACGUGGAACUUUUGGAUUGA